CGUGUAUGUGCCGUAACACCUUCUCUCUAUCUCUCUGAAUUACUAACACAUAUGCGUGCACUCAAUCGAUCUCCCUUAAUUCGACUCUGAAGUCGGUCUGUUGUCCUUUCAUUAUGGCGGUGGUGGCUUGUGCGUCCGAAGCUGUGCCCGUGCCGCGACUCAUUUUAAUUGAUAUUUCCGGCUGGAUCACUGCAAGAUAAUAUAUGCCAUUUCUCCCAUCAAUUCAACCUUCUCCAUCACACAAACACACAAACACACACACAAAGGCCAGAGGACUCAACCAUGGCCCCGCCGUUCGCUGACUCACCUUGCUUCGAUAACAGCGGCUGUGGUCCACUCGCUGUGCCUGGGUUCGGUUUUCCCCUUGAGCAAGAAUUACAUCCAGAGGAUCGAUUCACUCAUGGCGAACGCGAGUGGUUUCAGCAGCCAAAUAUCACAGCCCGGGAGCUUGCCAUGCUUUGCUUAAUAAACAACAUCACCGACAGACCUACAUGGUCGACGGAUGUCUUCAACGAUACAGCUACCUCCCAUUUGUGCCAAGAAGCACUGCGUAGCCGUCUCAUCAGCCCCAAAACAUGGGACUGGUGUCUUUCAGAACUGCAAGAUAAGGCUCGUAUCUUCCAAAGUAGCGGUCGCAUUUUGGUCUACAACACUGGAGUCGCCGUCUGCAAGUCAGACGUCGUGCUGGAUAAGGAGGUACAAACCGACGUCAAACAUGAACUCUCAGUCAUCGAGUCAUCAUCUCACUCUGAUACCACCGCCAUUGAAUCCUUGUCUGAUACUUCCCGGCAAACACGCCGACUCGUUGAUCCUCUCCUUUACCCCCUCAUAUACGGCAAGUCGAGAGUCUCGAGUGAAGGGAAUACAGUACCCCUCAAAAACAUGUUCAAGCACACAGGCAAAUGCAGUAUUGCUCCAGAGGUCCCAGUUCUAGGACGUCGGUUCCGCCAUGGUUCGUCAUGGUCGACAAGUUUUCAGCGACUGCCCUGCGAGAUGGACUUUAAAGAGGGCCACAGCACAGAUGUUCGCAUCACCUCAUACAUCAAUGGCCUGCAUCCUCGGCAUCAAAGUCUUUACCAUGCUAUCGAGAAGCUUGUUUCGGCUUCUACCGAGCCUUGGAAUGACGUCUUGAUCAAGCAAAGUCGUGGGCACUUUCCGACCCGCAUCAAGACUUAUGGUGUCUCAUAUGAGCCUCCACCACCUGACUUCGACCACUUUACCGAAGCAGGAAAGCAUCCUGGAAAUGAAUCUUACUAUGCUGCGAUUGAGGAAGCCACAGCAUACUGUGCCCAGCCUGACGAAUACCCAUCGGUCGAUGAGUCUGGAAAGGUAUCUCUCUUUGUAUUCAAAAUGCCUGAUGAUCUGGAUGCCUGGUGUAGAUCUGGGGAAGACUUAGGCUGGCUGAUGCGGCAUAAAUUCUCUUGGCUUACUCACAUUGUGCAUCCUGAGCCGGGUACUGCGUACACUUACCAGCAGUGGAAAGCCGGACAAGCUGAAGAAGCCAUCAUAGAAAGAAUACCCAGUCUCUAUGAACCAGACGUGGAGGAGCCAACAGUGCGCAUUCCCUUUCAGGAAUAUAGAGCUGCUCUCCAAGAGUCUUUCUGGCAAAAGGGAUUGCAAGUCGUAGUCAAGAUAGAGAGGAUCGAACUAAAUCCUGGCGAACCCAGGUUUUCGGGCAGCGACUGGCACGUCGAAGGCUUACAUAAUGAGCAUAUUGUCGCCAACUCUGUGUACAUUCUCGAGGAGGAGAACACAUCGGAGCCUCGCAUCGACUUCCGCCAAGAAACAAGAAUGGACCUGGAUGAAUUCGAACACGACGAAGAUGACCUCGAAGCUUUUCUGCAAGUCUUUGACGUACCUUACAGACAACAGAUACUUGGAGGAUCUUGUGAUCCGCCGCCUUCGUUGCAAAGACUAGGAUCUGUUGGUCUUCCCGUAGGUCGACUAGUCGCUUGGCCGAACGUACUUCAUCAUCGCAUUACACCAUUCGAGCUCCUCGACAAGACCAGACCUGGUCGUCGAAGUUUUCUAACCAUAUUCCUUGUGGAUCCCAACUAUCGCAUCUGCUCGACCAGGAACGUUCCUCCUCAAAGGCAUGACUGGUGGGCAGAGGAAGCUCUAUCUGUAGUCCUGCCACCAAAGGUCUCUGUGCCGCAAGAGCUUGUCGAUCACAUCAAUUCGUAUACCGACAACUGGCCGAUGGGCUUGGAAGAAGCAACAAGAAUCAGGGAACAGAUGGCAAAAGAACAAAAGUAUCAUGAACAGAACAUAAUGAAUCACCCCUCUGGAUUCUAUGACUUUAACGUAGACGACUGCAACUUGGGGGAUUUUCCUGAUUUACCUUCCAUGGAUCUUGGAAGUUCAUAG